AUGGGUGUUAUUGGUCUGAAGGCCUCCAGCCCCUGCAACAUGUCUGCCAACGCGCCCUGCGUGUCCGCUCGCUCGGAGAGGAGGCGGGAGCCGCCGCGUCGCGCGCGGGGCCCUUUGCAGCACGGCGCCGACGUGGAGCUGGCGGCGCUGGAGCAGGAGCGCUGCCUGGACGGCUGGGAGUACAGCCGGGAGCUCUACCGCUCCACCAUCGUCAGCGAGUGGAACCUGGUGUGCGAGGACGACUGGAAGGCGCCGCUCACCACGUCCCUGUUCUACGUGGGGGUGCUCGUGGGCUCCUUCGUCUCGGGGCAGCUCUCGGACAGGUUCGGCAGGAAGAACAUCCUUUUUUCCACGAUGGCCGUGCAGACCGGCUUCAGUUUCCUGCAGAUCUUCUCUACCAGCUGGGAGAUGUUCACCGUGCUCUUCGUCAUAGUGGGGAUGGGACAGAUCUCCAACUACGUGGUGGCCUUCAUCCUGGGAACAGAAAUUCUUGGCAAAUCAGUUCGUAUUCUAUUCUCUACGUUAGGAGUUUGCAUAUUUUUUGCAAUUGGCUACAUGUUGCUGCCACUAUUUGCUUACUUCAUCAGAGACUGGCGGCUGCUGCUCCUGGCGCUCACCGUCCCGGGGGUGUUCUGCGUCCCGCUGUGGUGGAUCAUUCCUGAAUCCCCUCGGUGGCUGAUCUCCCAGGGAAGAUAUAAAGAGGCAGAAGUUAUUAUCAGAAAGGCUGCAAAAAUAAAUGGCAUUCCAGCCCCAGAUGUGCUUUUCGACCCCGUGGAGAUGCAGGAUUCGAAGCCUCAGCAGCAGCAGAAGGCUAUCCUUCUGGACCUAUUUCGAACCCGAAACAUUGCAACUAUUACUAUUAUGUCAUUACUUUUGUGGAUGAUAACAUCGAUUGGUUACUUUGGCCUGUCACUCAGCACUCCCAACUGGCACGGAAAUGCCUACGUCAAUUGUUUCCUCUCGGCAGUUAUUGAAAUCCCAGCUUACGUGAUCGCCUGGCUUCUCCUCCGGUACCUGCCUCGGCGGUAUUCGAUAUCUGGCACGUUGUUUUUAGGAGGAGGUGUUGUCCUCUUCAUUCAGCUGGUUCCUGCAGGUUCUCAUGUCCUGUCUAUUUUCCUGGUGAUGCUUGGAAAAUUUGGAAUCACAUCAGCGUUUUCUAUGCUCUAUGUGUACAGCGCUGAGUUAUACCCAACGUUGGUCAGGAACAUGGCAGUGGGCGCCACCUCCACCGCUUCCAGGGUGGGCAGCAUCGUUGCUCCCUACUUCGUGUACCUGGGUGCCUACGACAGAUUCCUGCCUUACAUCCUCAUGGGAAGCUUGACUGUGCUGAUAGGGAUCCUUACCCUCUUCCUCCCUGAAAGCUUUGGGAAUCCUCUCCCUGAGAACUUUGAGCAAAUGCGGAGAGUGAAAUGUUUCAGAAAUGCACAAAAACCCACUGGUGUUAGGAAAUCAAAGGAGAAUCCUAAAAUGCUGGUAACACCAUUGUGA